AACCCCCUCAUCAACGUGCGCGACCGGCUCUUCCACGCGCUCUUCUUCAAGAUGGCUGUCACCUACUCGCGGCUCUUCCCGCCCGCCUUCCGCCGCCUCUUCGAGUUCUUCGUGCUGCUCAAGGCCCUGUUCGUGCUGUUCGUGCUGGCCUACAUCCACAUCGUCUUCUCCCGCUCACCCAUCAACUGCCUGGAGCACGUGCGGGACAAGUGGCCACGGGAGGGCAUCCUGCGUGUGGAGGUGCGCCACAACUCCAGCCGGGCGCCCGUCUUCCUGCAGUUCUGUGAGGGCAGCCGUGGGAGCUUCCCGGGCCUGGCUGUGGAGCCAGGUGGCCUGGAGCUGGAGGAGGAGGAGGAGGAGCUGACCAUGGAGAUGUUCAGGAACAGCUCUGUCAAGUUCGAGCUGGACAUUGAGCCCAAGGUGUUGAAGCCUCCAGGUGGCUCUGAGGCCUGGAACGACAGCCAGGAGUUCCCCUUCCCCGAGACGCCCACCAAAGUGUGGCCCCAGGAUGAGUACAUCGUGGAGUACUCGUUGGAGUACGGCUUCCUGCGGCUGUCACAAGCCACCAGGCAGCGCCUGAGCAUCCCGGUCAUGGUCGUCACCCUGGACCCCACACGGGACCAGUGCUUUGGAGACCGCUUCAGCCGCCUCCUCCUGGAUGAGUUCUUGGGCUACGAUGACAUCCUCAUGUCCAGCGUGAAGGGCCUGGCAGAGAAUGAGGAGAACAAGGGCUUCCUGCGGAAUGUGGUAUCUGGGGAGCACUACCGCUUCGUCAGUAUGUGGAUGGCCCGCACGUCCUACCUGGCCGCCUUCGUCAUCAUGGUCAUUUUCACCCUCAGCGUCUCCAUGCUGCUCCGAUACUCCCACCACCAGAUCUUCGUCUUCAUCGGUGAGUCUCAGCCGGCCGCGGGGGGCGGGGCGGGCUCGCCCCCAGGCCCUCACGGGUGGCCCCCGCACCCUGUGCCCGCAGUGGACCUGCUGCAGAUGCUGGAGAUGAACAUGGCCAUCGCCUUCCCUGCAGCGCCCCUGCUGACGGUCAUCCUGGCCCUCGUUGGGAUGGAGGCCAUCAUGUCUGAGUUCUUCAACGACACCACCACGGCCUUCUACAUCAUCCUUAUCGUGUGGCUGGCUGACCAGUAUGACGCCAUCUGCUGCCACACCAACACGAGCAAGCGUCAUUGGCUGCGGUUCUUCUACCUGUACCACUUCGCCUUCUACGCGUACCACUACCGCUUCAAUGGGCAGUACAGCAGCCUGGCCCUGGUCACCUCCUGGCUGUUCAUCCAGCACUCCAUGAUCUACUUCUUCCACCACUACGAGUUGCCCGCCAUCCUGCAGCAGGUCCGCAUCCAGGAGUUGCUGCUGCAGGCGCCGCCCCUGGGCCCCGGGGCCCCCACAGCACUGCCCGAGGACCUCAACAACAACUCAGGCCCCCAGGCGGCCGCCCCCGGCCCUACAGGCCAGCCCCUUGCUCUGGGCCCUGGCUCGACUGCAGCUGCUGGGGGGCCUGGGCCCGGGGCUGCAGCUCCCAGUUCACUGGGGGCUGUAGCCGCCUCCGUAGCCGCGGCCACUGGGGGUGACCUGGGCUGGAUGGCAGAGACAGCAGCCAUCAUCACGGACGCCUCUUUCCUGUCCGGCUUGAGUGCCUCCCUCUUGGAGCGGAGGCCCGCUGGACCCUUGAGCCCCAGUGGAGGACUCUCCCAUGCCCCCCAGGACAGUGCUCCCCAGAGUGACCCCGUGGCACCUGACACAGCCUCUGCCACAGACAUGGGGGCUGAACCCAGCCCUGCAUCCACGGUCCCAGGAGAGGCACCCUCCGAGGUUGGGUCCUGAGCCCCCACCAACAGCUGAGCCGCCUGUCAGGGCCUCCCCCUGGGGAGCUAUUGGGCACCUUGCAGCAGCCCCUCGGGGCGGGGCAGGUUGUCCUCGUGGGGCACCAGGGCCCUCCCCCCUGGGUUGCCUCUUCGCUCCGAUUGGGGUUUCAUCAGGUUUGUGGAAGGUGGGUCCCUGUCUCCCAAGUGUGGGGCCUGGCCCAGGCUUGUCCCGGUAGUGAGCUUGUUUGUGGUGGUCUGUGAGGACAGGGGUCGAGGGCUCCCGCACGUUCUGAAGGGGGCUUGGUGCGAGGUCUGGAGUGCACCGUUCCAGGGGCAGCGCAGGGCACCGGUCGGGCAGGUCUGAACAAGGUAACCAGAUGGGAGUGGGCUGGGCAGCUUCAAAGGGGCGGUCGGGCCCAGCCCUGCCUGGUGCUCCCUGUGCAGUGCCUUCUCCACGGCUGACCCUCCCCGUGUGCACCAGGCCUGGGGUCCCCAAGAGGGCAGAGCUGUGUCUGGGGCACAGGUGCCAACAUCAGUGCCUGGGGUGCCAGGGUCCAGCCGUGCUCAGGGCGGGAGUGGGCCAGGCGGCCAAGCCAAUCACUCGGUGAGGAAUGCAGAGCAGCGCUCAUUCCAUUCUAUUUAAUUGCAGUGUACAAAAUUGUGUUUGUAUAUAGAAUAAACUCCGUGAACAGGG